CUAAAAUCCCGAACGGAUGACUUCUACUCAGGUUGAAGGCGAAGGUCAAAACACGGUGUGAUCCUUUUCGAACUCCAGAUUUUAUUUGGGAGUGGAACAGGGACUUUUCUUGAAUUCUCUGAGAUUGAGAUUGAGACUGAGACAUCUCUCCAAAGUGCUCUCUUGUUGAUUUCUAGGGUUUUUUUAUUUUGAACUUCUAAACCCAGAUACAUCAAUGGAAAUUCAUCCCAUACCUCUUGUCUUCUACUCUUUAUUUUCCAUCUUAACAACCUCCAAAGCACUCGACACCAUUACUAAAACUCAGUUCAUUACAGUUGAUAGUAACACCACCAUAGUUUCACCUAGUGAAAGCUUUGAAAUGGGGUUUUUCAAGCCUGGCAAUUCCAACAAUCGCUAUUUGGGAAUAUGGUACAAGAAAAUUUCCACGGGAACUGUGGUAUGGGUUGCCAACAGAGAAAACCCACUUCCUAAUUCCUCUGGUGUCUUGAAACUCAUCGACCCAGGAAUCCUCGUCCUUCUCAAUUCCACCAACAACACCGUAUGGUCCACCAACACCUCUCGAUCCUCGCACAACCCAGUUGCGAGACUUCUCGAUUCAGGAAAUCUUAUCAUCCAAGACCCAAACGAUCACAACCCAGAAAAUUUCCUUUGGCAGAGCUUCGAUUACCCGUGUGAUACUCUGUUACCGGGCAUGAAGCUUGGGAGGAACUCGGUUACUGGCCGAGAGUGGAACAUGUCGUCGUGGAAGAGUAAAGAUGAUCCGGGUCGAGGUGAUUAUACUUAUUGGCUUGAUCCUCGUGGAUACCCACAAAUUUUCCUCAGCAAUGGCUCUGUCGAGCAGUUUCGAACCGGACCAUGGAAUGGUCUCCAAUUCAGCGGGACAGGCUUGAGAGAAAACCCAAUUUACAGUAUAAGAACGUAUUUUGAAAGGGACGAGGUGUCCUAUUCGUAUGACUCGCUUAACAGCUCACUGGUUUCAAGGCUUAUCUUGAAUUCGAAUGGUGUUGUACAGCUCUGGAGAUGGAGUGAUCGAAACCGUGAUUGGUUACUUGACCUCAAUUCACCGUCUGAUAACUGCGAUAGUUAUAGAAUGUGCGGUUCAUAUGGUAGCUGUGAUGUUAAUAAACCCCUUUUUUGCGGUUGCUUGAGUAAAUUUGUGCCCAAAAACUCGAUAAGUUGGGCCAUGACAGAUUGGUCAGAAGGGUGUGUCAGGAGGACACCAUUAGACUGCAAGAAUGGAGAUGGGUUUGUGAAGUAUUCAGGCAUGAAAUUGCCGGACACACGGAGUUCGUGGUUUAAUCGGACGAUGACGAUUGGGGAAUGCAGCGAGGUAUGCUUGAAGAACUGCUCUUGUGUGGCUUACACAAGUUUAAACAUAAGCCAAGGUGGAAGUGGAUGCUUGCUUUGGUUUGAUGACCUGGUUGACCUCAGAGUGAUCAGUGAAAGUGGGCAAGACAUUUACAUAAGGAUGGCUUCCUCUGAGUCAGGUAAGAAUUCACACAAACCCAAACACGAAUGAGUUGUUUUUACAUUAUCAUUGAAAUUUGAAAGACUCAUGCUCUAUUUCAGUA